UAAUUUUCUUUAAUCAUAACUGUUGUUAUUCCAUGAUAGCACCAUUUCUGUUCUUACCCGGUCCAAGUUGGUAUGAUUAAUGUUGAAACUCCCAAUUACAAAACUAAUUUCAUCCCGCUUAUUAUCGGAACUUUCAUUGAUUCUCAGAUCUUAUUGAAUAACUCAAGAUAGGAAUGGAUACGCAGAAGCAGAAAAACAAGUACAGUAUAAUUGUUCCUACAUAUAACGAACGACUCAACAUAAGCCUCAUUAUUUACCUUAUAUUCAAACACCUUCCAGAUGUUGAUUUUGAAGUUAUUGUUGUCGACGACGGGAGUCCUGAUGGAACUCAGGAUAUUGUGAAACAACUGCAGCAGGUUUACGGAGAAGAUCGGAUUUUGUUAAGAGCGAGACCUAGGAAGAUGGGUUUAGGAACGGCCUAUAUUCAUGGCAUGAAGCAUGCAUCUGGAAAUUUUGUUGUCAUUAUGGAUGCCGAUCUAUCACACCAUCCAAAAUAUUUGCCUGGCUUCCUUAGAAAGCAGUUGGAAACUGGUGCUGAUAUAGUUACAGGGACUCGUUAUGUUAAAGACGGUGGUGUGCAUGGAUGGAAUCUUAUGCGCAAACUAACAAGCAGGGGAGCAAAUGUUCUUGCACACACACUUUUAUGGCCUGGUGUCUCAGAUUUGACAGGGUCUUUUAGACUUUAUAAGAAAUCAGUGCUCGAAGAUAUCAUUAGUUGCUGCGUUAGCAAGGGAUAUGUCUUUCAAAUGGAGAUGAUAGUAAGAGCAUCCAGAAAAGGGUACCAUAUCGAAGAGGUACCAAUCACGUUUGUUGAUAGAGUCUAUGGAAGUUCAAAGCUUGGUGGAUCAGAGAUUGUUGAAUACCUGAAAGGCCUAGUAUAUCUUCUCAUAACAACAUAAAAAGAUAAAUGAUAACACAUUUAUGUCUCAGUUUGGCAAAAACUCUAAUGAUGAUGUAGUUCCAAAACCAAAUUAUUGAGCACACAAGUUUGGUGGCUAGAAUGUUCAUAGUUUGCCUUUUGAAUUUUGCAGGAAGCUUUUGUAUGAUCCGUGUGUUUAUAAAUUAUAAGCCUGUUAGCAAAUAUUAUUA